GACUCCCGAGCUCGUCAUUGGAUUCUUGCACAGCGGCAGUAGACGAGAAACGAAGGAAGAACCCUAACAACCAAACCAUCUCGAUCGAAGGAAAACCCCUAAAGAUCAGAAGAAAUCACGAAGAAAUUAGACGAAGCAAUGGAGCGAUCGCGGUCCAAGAGGAGUUAUCACUACGACCCCGACGCCCACUCCCAAAGCCCUCCCCCUCGAUCCAAACCCCGCUAUGACGGCGGCGGCGGCGGCCAUCACCGACGCGGCAACCACCACCGGCGCAGCGGCGACCGGCGUGGCCCGCCCCCGCCCCCGCCUCCCCCUCCACCCCCGCCCCCGCCGGCGCUCCCCUCCUCCUCCGCACCCUCCCCCUCCCACAAGGCCCAGGACGGCUCCCCCCACCCCGGUGCUGUCACCACCUUCUUCCGCAUUCUCUGCCCCGACGCCAAAGUCGGCGGCGUCAUCGGCAAGUACGGCAGCAUCAUCAAGGCCUUCCGGCAGGACACCGGAGCGUGGAUCAACGUCCACCAGCUGGCCCCCGACGAUGACGAACGGAUCAUCGAGACGUCGGACGACCGGAGGCGGGAGCCCGACGGCCGCCCGCCCCAGUACUCGCCGGCGGAGGAGGCGUUGCUGCUGAUCCACGAGAGGAUUGUGGAUGCAGACUUCGAGUUCGGUGGUGGAAACGAGGAGGGAUACGGCGGUGGAGGGUGGGGAGGUGGGGUGAGGGAUCGAGGGAGGCUGACGACCAGGCUGGUGGUGCCGAGGUCCCAUGUGGGGUGCUUGUUGGGCAAGGGGGGGAAGAUUAUCGAGCAGAUGAGAAAUGAGACCAAAACCCACAUCCGGAUCUUGCCACGGGAUCAGUACACACCUCGAUGCGUCUCGGACACCGAGGAGAUAGUUCAGGUUGUUGGAGAGGGCAAUUGUGUGAAGAAAGCUGUAGCAAUUAUUUUAUCUCGUUUAAAGGAGAGCUUGCAUCGUGAUCGUGGUCCCUUCCGUGGACGAGUGUAUUCACCAGAGCGCUAUGAUGAGUUUGUAAACAACACACAACAUAUAUCAGCUGUUGAAGAAUCUUAUUUGGCUUCACGUUCUUCAUCUGGAUUAGAUAGAGCAAGAAAUAACUCAUAUGGUUCGCUCCCACCUGGAUACUCAUUUGAUUCAGAUGGAAAUCCCGUGAAUGACCACUCGCAGGCAUUUCCCUGUGAGGACCUUGUAUUUCGUAUUCUUUGCCCCCAUGACAAAGUCGAGAGAGUUAUUGGAGUAACUGAUGGAAUCAUUGAAAUGCUGCGAGCUGAUAUAGGCGUGGACGUGAGUGUUGCUGAUCCUAUACCAGGUUCAGAUGAAUGCAUCAUAACUAUUACUUCAGAAGAGGGGCCAGAUGAUGACCUUUUUCCAGCUCAGGAAGCUUUGUUGCAUAUCCAAACUCACAUAGUAGACCUUGGUCCUGAUAAGGAUAACAUCAUAACAACAAGGCUUCUUGUUCCAGCAAGUGAAGUUGCUUUGCUGGAGGGGAUGGAUGGGUCACUGUCGAAUAUACGAAGAUUGACCUGUGCCAAUAUACAGAUAUUGCCAAAAGAAGACCUUCCUCCUUGUGCAAUGGAGGCUGAUGAACUUGUACAGAUUGUAGGGGAGAUCAGAGCAGCGAGAAAUGCUCUUGUUCAGGUGACUGCAAAGCUACGUGAUUAUCUUUACCGUGAUAAUUCUGUACCAAGGGAUGCAUUGCCACCUUCAAUCUCUGCCCCAGUCCAUGCUGUUACCGGUACUGGACGGGAUUCUAAUUCUCCUGUCAAAGUAUCAACCAGUGAAGCCUAUCAAGGAGGUGAUCCUCAAGCAGAAGUCUAUCAAAGUAUUCAUGCUACAAUAGGUACCUGGCUGCCAAAGGACUCUGGAGGUUGUCCAAGUGGAUCAUCUGAACAGAAAGAGAGCAAUGCCAGUGAUGAAGUGAGGCCAAGUAGUGUGAGAAGAUUUAAUGUCCCUCUGGUCACCAAGAGUACGUUGGAAGUUAUCAUACCAGAGCAUGCAGUUCCAAGUCUAAUUAUGAGAUCAGGGAGCAAGCUUGCUCAGAUCAGUGAAAUAUCUGGAGCAGCUGUUACGCUCAUCGAAGAUAGACCAGAGCAGACUGGAAAGAUUGUUCAAAUAUCUGGAAGUCCGGAGCAGGCUGAGAAAGCCCAGAGUCUGCUUUUGGGAUUUAUAUUAAGCACUCAAGACGAUAUCCCUUCAAAUCAAUCGAAGUAAUGCUGAAAUUGUGGUGCCAGCUAAAUUUUGACCUUUCUCAUCUAUGAUUAGCCUUCUGGGCCAUUCACUUCAGAAAAAAUGUAAAGGGUGAUCUUGUUUUGCAUAUUCAGAGAAUGGUCAUGAAAGAAAGCUAUACACUCUCCAAAGACGAGAUUAAAUUCAAAGAAUGGUUGGUCUAAUGUGCAUUUUGAAGUUUUUUACUCUUUUGUUGUCUCACUUCCUAAAUUGACUUGGAAUCUUACUUAGGUAGGUGCUUAAUUCAAUGUAGGGUUACCCGAUUGUCCAUAUUGAGUUCCUUUCUGUUUUUGGUGUAUUCUGAAUUAGUGAUAGUUUGAAUUUUAUACUUUAACCAGCUCUGAUUAACGGAUUGUCAUACUUAUUGUGA